CUUCGGUUUCGGCUGCGAUUGGCUCUGUUCCGUGUUGUGACUGAGUAUCAUCGCCGAGUGCGUACGUCUCUUACUGAACGACAGGGCGGCGUUGUGACGCGAUAUCAGCUCUCAGUGGACAUAUAGACCAGUUUCCAGGACCAUUUUGGCCUCCCUUUAAAGUCCGGGUUUCUGAGAGUUUCUGUAGACUCAUUCACCCUUCUUCUCUCGCUUGUGACUCAACCUAGGUCCGGCAAAAUGGUCGAUUUUGUAGACAUCAACGGCGCUCGCCUGGCGUACCGCAUCACCGGGCCCGAGAACGCGCCUCUCAUGAUCACGCUCCACGGGGGCAGAGGAAUGGGUGACCACCGGUCCGACUUCAGGAUCUACAGCCGGCUCAGCGACAAGAUCCGGGUGCUGUCGUUCGACUACCGCGGCCACGGCCAGAGCUCGCUGACCAAGCCCUACACCUUUGAGCAGAUCGUCGACGACGUCGAGGGCGUGCGGCGGCACUUCGCCGGCGACGACCGGGUCAUCAUCUGCGGCGGCAGCUUCGGCGGGUUCCUGGCCCAGCACUACGCCAUCAAGUACGCCUCGCGCGUCUCGCACCUGAUUCUCCGAGGCACCGCACCUUCACACCAUCACGAGGCCGGCGCCAUUAAGACGCUGGCGGAGAGGAUCCACAAGGUGCCCAGCUUCUCCGUCGACAUGCUGAAGAACAAGGUCUUUGGGGCGUACGAGAGCGACCGCGAGUUCCAGCUCAUCUACUUUGCCAUGAUGCCGCUGUACAGGGAGACGUUCGACCCCGACGCGGCGCUGAAGAGCAACCUCGACGGGGUGUACGUUGCCGAGUCGCAUAACGACCUUUACUCGGAGAAGGAAAAGUACUUUGAUUACACGGACCGGUUGCCGCAGAUCACGGCCAAGACGCUGGUCGUUGUCGGCGACAAGGACUGGAUUUGCCCUCCUGAAAACUCCAGGUUGAUUGCCGAACGGAUUCCUGGGGCCGAGUUGGUGCUGGUCGAAGGCGCCAACCACGGGGUUCAUGCUGAGAAGCCGGACUUGGUUCUCGGCAGGAUUCGGGAGCACCUGGGCAUCUAAUCAACCUCCGGUUCUGCAUCUUCCUUUUACACUUUCCAAGAUGUGCUUCGUGGGGUUUGUCCUUGAACCAUGUGUCAGAAUGUCACAUAUAAAGUAGAAACACCACUCCAUGAAGUAUAUAACGAAUAGCCUUC